AUGGCCCCUCAGACUCCCUCUAUGCGACCAAACUCAAGGCCCGAGAACAGACCAGGAGAUAUUUCCCUGACCUGGAAAUCCCCAAUCCUGGGGCCUCCUCUUCGACCUGAUAAUCUAGCGAGUCAACCACCGAACAACCCCGUGGGCGGUAAUGUGACCAGCGUUCAAUUCAGAGGAAAUGGUCACCUCUGCUCUGAAGAGACUGUAAGGCUGAAUCAUGAGACAAUCGAACCGUCCCAGCUAUCGGAAAAUCAUCGCAGCCAAUCAGUGCACAACAACGGCACCUCACAGAUGGACAUCUCGCAAGCCAAACCUACAGAACCACUAAUCAGCCACCAUGGUUUGGCCAUGCCUGCCUCGCCAUAUCCAGAGGACAUGGACAUGCCCGACAUGAUGGAAGGGGGAAUGACAGACUUUAAUACCGAAGACAUUGACUUUACGCACACUUCUAAUGCCCCUGAUCUGCUCUGGCUGGAAUCUACCAUCGGCCUGCCCAACCUGGAAAACCUCAUCGCCACUCUGCCGACUCCUGUUGACGACCAUCUAUCAUGCCAGGACCAACCACUUACCAAAGGCUUGGCCUCCGACAGACUCCGUCGUGUCCAGAAGGCGUGGCCUUCAAAACUGGUACGUCCCAUUCGGCUCAUACGGCGACUUUGGCAGACGGCACUCCAACAUCCCGCAGACAACAUUCUGUGUCACGAAGUCAACGAAUCCCGAGCCCAGAGUCAGGGUCCUCCUCAGCAUGAAUAUCCGUCAGGGUCACGGUGGCACAUUGAUGCCAGCUGCAGGGACAGACUCUUGCAGGACAGCGACAAAAUCUUUGGCAAAGAAGAGUCUCUGUACACCAUGCUGGUCGACCAGGGCGACACGCCCCGGAGCUCGACGUCGACGACAUACGAUACCAAUUUUCCGUCGGUCGAGACGUUGGACAUGAGUCUGGAUCUCUACUUCGAGCGCUUCCACCCCUCUAUACCGUUUGUACACCAGGCGACCUUCGAUGCGAGGACAACUCCCAGUGCGGUUCUUUUCCCAAUGUGUCUUAUUGGACUGUCGGCCCUAGACCCUAGAGGGUCGCGGGACUUUGUCCGCAGGGAGUGGAUGAAACUCGUCCAUUCCUGUCGCCUGGAGCUUACGUCCCAAGCCCUUGGUAAGCGUCCACCUUGGGAGCUCAUUACUGCCGUGGCAGCUUCGUUACUUGUGCUCAAUCUUGCUCUUUGCAUCUCGCGGCGACUCGAUGAGAAUGAAGCCCAUAUGCUCUGCAUUCAAACACUACACGUGGCAGAAAAGCAUGGAUUAUUUGCGGCUUGUGACGGCAAAGAAGUCGACCUCAACUUGAUGGGCCCGUCAUCGGACCUUGAACGGCUGUGGAAGCCUUGGGCACGGGUGGAAUCUGUCAAGAGGAUGGUCACCUGUCUCCUGAUCAUUGACGCCACGUACGCCACCCUCUGGGGCACGGCAGGGGUGCUCGAGCUAGACAGACUCGAGAUCAUUUCUCCUUGCAAAUCGUCACUGUUCGAGGCUGGCGAUGCGACGACGUUUGCACGCGAGGUGGAAACCAACGCCCAAAUCAUCAUGCCGCGGAUGACGCUGCAGCGAAUGUCGAAAUUAUCGUCGUCUAUGCUCGGGAGUAUAGGAUUGCAAGCACUACUAGCUGCCAUCUCGAUCCAACACUCCGUAGCUCGUCAUAGACUAUUUCCCGGUCAACUCGGCAGCGACGAGACAACGGCCGCCACGCCGGUGGAGAGAUACGCGCUGGACAACCACGCAAAGACCAUUGCUCCCCUCCUAGCUACGAUCCCCAGUAGUCACAGGGACAACUUCAACCAGGACCACCGCCAUGCCAUGCUCCUCUGGAACAGUCUGUGCAUGUCCACCACAGUCGACAUGGACCAAUUCGAGCUCGCCUUGGGCCACAAGGACGCCGACUCCGCGCAUACCGCCCUAGCGAACAUCGCCAUUUGGGCCAAGUCAGCAGAGGCGCGUAGAGCCGCACUCCACGCCGCCCAGAUUUUCAGGAUCCUCUCGCAGACCCGGGUCUCGGAGCCGGUCCUGCUUUUGCACGAGCACAUGAUCUUCACGGCCGCGCUAGUCCUGGCGUUUUAUGUCUUUAAGGCGACUCCUGCCUCGGAGCAGCAGGCGAGCAAUCAUUCUUUCACAGGCGUUGGCGACACAACAGUAUUCGAACUGCUGCAAGAGAUCGACUGGACCGAAAUCGGCUUGGAGGGACUCGGCGGAGUGUCCUCGUCGUCUUCUCAACUGGUAAAUGGACAGUCUUCGACCGCGAAGCACUUUAUUAGGCACGGCGGCCCCAUCUCGUUUGGUCACGUGGCGGUUGUGGGCGAAAUAACCGCGAGAAAAGUCAUUCUCAAGUAUGCGCAUUUACUGGAUGAGGUCGUCAAGUGGGAGGGGUCCGACUACUGCGAGGCGCUCAAGGCGAUUGAGGAUUUCUUCCAUGUUUGA